GACAUUUUUCUUUCCAUUUACUUCGAUGUAUGCUAAUUUUUCGAAAAAAAAAUUGGUAUUUUUUUUUUCGUAUUCUCCGAUUUUUGUAGUGUGAAAUGAAAAUAAAGAUUUGAAGACGAAACCAGAGCAAAUCUUUCAAAAUCAUUGAUGGAUUUAUGACUUGUGAGCAUAAAUAUAUCCGAAAUCGAUGUUACAUCAAGGGCAACAAAACCACUGUUGACUAAUGUUAUCAUUAGAAUCACAUUUGAAACAUAAGAGCGUUGAAUUUUCUAUAAAAAUAUGUUUGUCAAUAAUUUUUUAUAUAUUUGUCAACGACUCUUAAAAUUUCAAAGAACAGAUAAUGUUUUUCCUAUAUUAUUUCAUAAGGAAUUUCAGUGGCAACACGGGCUAGAGUUGAUAUCAAGAGGUCAGAUUUUGCAGGAAAUUUUUGUUAAUUCAUUUGGAAGCGUUUAAGCUCUUGGGAGCAUCCAAAUUCGAAAACACCCCUGUUUGGGACCACCCUUACGUGAAUACUUACACGCGAUUCUACUACCGGCGAAGAACCAUCAGCUCUGCAAUGCAGCGCUUGUAAUGGCUUAUCACGAUACGUUGAAGCUAUUCGUGUUCACGCGCGCGUUAUCUGCACGUAGUAUAAGUUGUAUUAAAUAUGAUCGAUGCUUUUUUAACUACGUUCCACGAGUAACGCGGGAAAAUAAUUUCUGUAAUCACGCCACUUGCUAUCGGUCGAUCAUCGUGUACGAGAAAGUCGGUAAAUUCACCCGAUAAAUAUGGAACUGUAAUUUAAAGGGCAAUUCUUCAUGCGAAUCCUUACUCAAGGAGUCGGGACCGGCAAUUACCGCCCGUAUACGGGAUUACGGAACAUUGUACGUACACACGGACAAAGCGUUAUACCGCGCAUCCCGGCCGAUUGCGAGUGGCAGCCGCAAAAGGUUCAAAAAAGUACAACCCACACGCGAUGAUCCUCUCAUGCUGCAGGAGUCUAUCGGCGAUUUAAUAAUCAACGAUUGUUCUGCAUAAUUGAGGGCAAAUAUUCAUAUCGUUUAUCUGCGUCUCUCUCGAUCAUUUUAUAACAGUAAUAUCAUCACAAAUAUUUACGAGGAUGACGACAAUUUUUUAUGGUACAUCGAAUACGAAUAGGUAGAUAUGGGCAGGUAGAUCCGAUUCUUGUACGAAGAGUCGCGCUAGUCGUGAUAGCGUUCAGACGUCGUGGCCGGGACACUGCGUCACGGCGGCAAUCACCCACAGGCCUCGGACAGUCACUCAGUCAGUUCCCAUCCGCGCUACAAGCGGCACGCGCUUUUCUUAACCGGUCUCGUCGCAUCGGUACAUCCGUGGAUGGUAUAUUCUAACAAAACAGAGGGAAAAGAAAAGGAACGCCGUGAUCGAUGAGACGACACAACAUACACAUCAAAGUCAGAGCAAGCAAACAAUCGUAAAAAGAAUUGGAAGAUAAACAAGCAGGUGAACGUCGAUGAUUAUAACUCAUAACUACUGCGUGAUUUUGUUACGUGCGACAAAUUUUUUAAUUUCUUCCGGUGGGGAACGCAUCGCCACAAUAUGGUCCAUGUAUUGUACUGCGAUAUUUGAUUAUUGCCUGAUUUCAUUGUAUUUGUAUUUUCUUUUGUUGAUGAAUUUAAUUAUAUUUACGUGCAUCGAUGACCUUGGUUUUAUUGCGACAAUUGAUUCACGAUGAGUGCGACCCGUAUAAACGUGACAAAAUGAACGUGCAUGAAGAGUUAUUACCUUCAAACGCUUAGAUCGUGAAAGAGAAGACGGAGAACGGAAGAAGAGGGAUUUACGAGUCCUUUCUGCAGAAUACGUCGGAGCGUAUCAACGUCACGCAAAACUCUUGAAAGUCUGGCGCGAUGCUAAAUCGAAGGGCGCAUUCAAUGGGGACUCUGGUCUUUCUUGGAACAUUGAUGGUGCUGGGCUGCCGUGUUAACGGUCAGAUCGAGGAGACAGAAGUCGUUGAAAACAAAACCGGUGUAAUCGAGAGCCGUUCUCGGGUAUUUUCGCCACGGAUGGACUACGACGAAUGGACACCAUUAGGACGAGGUGAUCCAUUAAAAAAUGACCCAACAUUUGACUACGUACCUCCUGUUCUAGACAGAGUUCAGUACUGGCUGGACUCUCAUACUACAGAACCGUCGGUGAAGAGGGAUAUUUUGGUUCUAGGCGUUACUGCGAAGAAAACGAGCCCCAAGAUACCCGAGCAAUUUCUGAAAUUUAUCGACGGCCCAAAAUUCAACAAAAACCAAGAACAGAUCAGAAAUCAACAUAUCCUGCAUCGUAGUGAUUUUACGGGGAGUACAGGAGCUGAACUUCCGAAAAUAAUGCGUAAUACUAACUUCAGGAGUGGUCUAGUUGACUCUAAAAAUCACAAUAGGAUUCAGAAUAUACCUGCCAGCUAUUAUCCAAGUCAGUUUUAUAAUCAGAAACAAAAACCUUAUACGAUGAUGCUGCCACCUUCUGUUGUACCUAAACCAAAGGAUGGUGCUCAACUGAGUUACACCUCGCAGAAGGGGAAACAUAGCUAUUCGGAACAAAAUCAGCACUUCAGUACGCAGACCGAAGAAGGACCAUUACAAAAUGAACGUCAACGGUACAACAAUCCCCCCAGGGUUUCAUUAUUUUCUCAGCAACAUCCCCCACCGAGAACUCCGCUGUCAUCGCCGAUACCACCGCCGGCCAAAAAUCAGAUUUCACAAAUCGAAGGUGUAAACAAUGUUUUUACACCACCUGCUCAAUUGACAAAACAGAAAUUUCAGCCGGUUACGACGCCUUCGGUCACCUUCGAAAAGUCGAAUCUGGUUUAUCACUCGACGCAGACGAUAUCCGGAGGGUGGCUCGAGAACGAAGAUCCAUCUUCAUCAUCCUCUUUUAGUUUUACCUCAUUCGAACCCAAUCAGGUCACUCGGCAUACGUUGUUCAACGGACAAGAACUUUCUGACACAGGUGAUCAUCAUACGUCUGCUUCUUCUAGCCACGAAGUUAUAAUUGGACAGAAUGCGAACAUUAUAGUCGACGGCGUUAGUGGAGAUAAUGAGGAGGUAGUUGUUGGUAAACAAGAGUUAUCGUCGAAAAAAAACUUUAUCGGCCCUGCGCCUGUUUCGCCUGGUAACAUAGUCCAAUCCUCGAUGUUCUCGACCGACGAAAGUGACUCCGGCGACGUCGUUGUCGGCCGACCAUCUACUUCGGCGAGUUCCUCGAAAUCGGAGAUGCACAUCGUAGUCGCCAACACCGGAUCUUCCAGUCCUGACUUGAAGAACGAAAAAAAUUUGAACAAAGAAUCAGUUGCUCUUAUAAUGCCCACCAACUACAUGGACAAACUUAACGUUACUACCGGCGACGCGAUGACCGAAAGAACAAACGCAACUCGUGAUGACAACGCUAACAUAAUAACCUCAGCUAUUGAACAGACUAUACAAAUUUCGAACCCAAUUUCCACUUCAAAUUUCGUGACCAACCCACCCCAACUUUUGACAUCCCAGGCCAAUCAAAUGAACAAAAGAAAUCAGAUCAACCAUGUGAACCAGAUGAACAAACUGAAUCCAGUGAAUUCGAAUAAUGAAAUUCAUAAUUCACGUCCAAUUUUCACACCACUCCUGAAAGCUCAGCCGUCACCAAGUCAUUUCAGUUCACAUCCUGGGCAGAUUAUGAUGACACAGAUGUCGAUUAACCAUGGCGGGCAACCCCCUUUAGAAGUUUCUGGUGCAAUGCCAUCGCAGCAGAUGUUCAACGGUCAGUUGGGACCUUUUAUUCAGCACCUCCCACCGAUUUAUCCGAUUCCUCACCCCGUGGAAAGCAUGACAACACCGCGUGUCGAAAUUGUCAGCGAAAAUACUUACCAGAUGCAUGACAUUCAAAACACGGGUGAAGAGAUUCCACAGAUGCCGUUUUUGCUGCCACCGCAGGCUCCGAUAGCAAGACCUGUUAAAGAAAGCGUUACCUCAAGUUUGGGCCUGGUCACAGAUUACAUCAAGAACGGGUCUCCAGUGGCGCACAUUUUAAACAACGAAAUGAAUAUUGCGCCGGCUCGUCCAUUGACAGUCAACUCGACCACGACAACUACGCCGAGAAGUACAAUUUCGACAAUGGUUUCAAGCCUGACGACGGAUCCAAUAUUCUCGCAUUACAAGCAGCCGUCCAAGCCCAUCAGAGGACCAAUGUACCUAAUCAUCCAGGGGCAUUCCAAGGUCAAAACUUACAAGCCUUCGGUUAACAAGCACGGAGUUCCCGUUGAGAUCAAUGAGAUACGAGAAAUCAACACAGAACGUCCAUCGAAGCUGGAGCAAUUGAUAAAUCAGAAUGCUCGUAAUAGAAAUGUUGAGGGUAAAAAUACACCUGCGGAAGAAAAAGAAAAAGAGGAAAAACCGCUCCACAAACGUACGGAACAAGAUAAUCUUCUCAGCUUAGUCAAGAGUAAUUUCAGCGGAUUUACAGUGCGGCCCGCAUCUUCAAUCGAAGAAGAGCGGCAAACCAAUUCUGUUUCGGUUAUAGAAAUUGAUAACUAAGUGGCAAUUGUGUUCCAUUUAUCACCGAAGUUUGAAAGAGAUAUCCAAAAUUAGUUGAAUAGGGAAUAAUGUACGGGAGUUUGACAGAAAACGAUUAUGUUCAACGGUCUUCGUAUUUAAUUUUUCUAAAUACUGUCGGUAAUUGUUAUUUCAUUAUUUACUAUCUCAUGUGCCAGUAUCGGGUUUGAAGUGUAAGAACGUCCAUCUAGAAUAAUGUGGAUUAUAUUAUGCCAUCAUUUUAUCAUUGCUGUACAAUUAUUGGAAAUAUCACGAUCGUAUGAAUGUUAAGCGUAUGAUUGAAACUACUCACGAAAAUUAAUAAUUAUGAUAAAUAAUUGAGGGGUAUACGAAAUUAAUUUCACGUCGAUGGUAUCCGUGCUGCUUUGACGUAUUUAGACUCUGCCCGUUUGAACGUGCGUUCAUCUAGUUACAGUAGGUAAAAGUAUUCAAACGCGAUUGUAGUAUACACAUCGUGCACGAUAGUAUGUAGAUUAGCAGAACGAGGUAUAAAUGUAAGCAUUAGUAUUUACAAUGUAACACAUAGUAUACCACAAUCACACAUAGUAAUUCAUUAUGCACCAAUUCAUUUUAUUAAGUUAUCCGUGAGUCUUUAUUACCUUUAUCUCAUUAUUAUUGGCGUUGUUGUUGCUAUAAUCAUUAUCGUGGUCGUCGUCGUUUUCAUUAUUAUUAUUUGUAUCGAUUUGUUUACUUAUAUUUUCAUUCAUUUUUUGUCGUCAUCCGUGUACGUAACUAAUUUAUUAACACUAGUCUUAUAUUUAUACCAGUUACCAAACACAUCGAGUACGAACUAACAAUCAAAGUUAGUUCUUGCAUAUAUUAUAUUACAUUGAAUAUACAUAUAGUUUUUAAUUUAGUUUAUAUAAUUUUGGUUCAUCAAAGAAUAUCUUUCAAAUAUAAUCAUGAAUAUUAUGUACGUACAAUGGAUUCGUUAUAUUAGAUGUGUAAUUGAAAAUAAUUAUUCUAUUGUUCGCAUAUACUUUUGUAUUUCCAUUCGAUAAUUGAAUUCACAUUUGAAGUAUCACAUACAUAAAUACACAUUAUGCCAUAUCGAUGUUUUCGUCUGUGUACCAUAUUUGUACCUGACGAUCAUGUUUCAUCGAUUUUUUUACUUAAUAAUAAUAAUAGUAAUAAAAAGUUCAUAAAAAUGGGAAUAAAAAAAAAAAAAAAAUGAA